AUGUCUCAGUGGAGCACACUCGAUUUUACAACGAUGAGGAGGUUCAAUCUUAAAUACGGGCUCGGACCAGAAACGAGGCUCUUCGGUCGCCUACCUGUCACGAAGGAGGAUAUAGUUCUUUACAGGAUCACAAGCAACUAUGAGCGUCACGUUCCAGCCGAUAAGGUGGAUGCCCUUAUGGACGAGUUGGAGGAAGUUUUUGGGAAACAUGGGAAAUGGUAUAUAAGCGACGACAAUGAGUCGUUCUCGGGAAAUUACAAGAUCAGUCUUCCUCCUAAGUCCGAAGACACUGAGGCGUCUACAUCCGAGGAGGGUCGAUGA